AUGGUAUCUAAAAAAAAACUAGCCGUAUUAGUAUCAAGCAAUCCUUCUGUAAUUUAAUUAAAUUUUAAUCCUAGUGGAAAAGGACAUAGUGAACUAGAAGAAGAGUUAAUAGAAAGCGAAAAUUAUUUCUAUCAGACUGAAAGAGAAAAUAAAUGUGUAGUAUGUGGUUAGGAUGAGAAAUAUACGAAAUUUUAUAUAGUACCUUCUUUUUAUAGAAGGCAUUUUCCAGUAAAGUAUAAAAGUCACAGGUCGUUUGAUGUUCUUUUGUUAUGCUUGAAAUGUCAUGAGAAGGCGGGGAAAAAUAGUGAGAGAUUAAAGGCCUAUGUUUUGUAGAAAUACUCUGUUUAGGAUAAUUAGUUGGAAUCAGCGAAUAUUAUAAAAAAUGCAAUUUAAAUUUAAGGGAAAAUCGAAGUUUUUUCGGACGAGUAUUUUGGUAUUAAUAAAAAUGGAGAAGUUAAAAUUAAUGAAAAGUUUAUUUAGUAUUGUUUAGAAUUGGAUUAGUUUAAAAAAAUUGGAAAAAUUUCAAGUAAUAAAGAAUUUAAAAAUUAAAGUGGGAAAUAUGUAGUUGAAUAACUUAAAAGUGAACAUGAUAUUAAAGAAUUUAUUAAGAUGUGGAGAAAAAAUUUUGUUUAAGUAAUGUAGCCUAAGUUUUUACCACCUGCUUGGACUAAAGAUGGGAGUGGAUUUGCUUAUGAAAUUGUUUAAAUGUGA